CGCAGGGUGUACGCUUGCCAAUUCGUUGUUCGGUUUAGUGAAACAGAUCGAAAGAGCGAGAGUGAAAAAGUGAAACGUCGAUCCCGCCGAACUUAUCAAAGUCAACCGAUAAUGCCGAACCUUAGGCCCCUGUCUGCCGAGUUGGCAAAGAAAGCCGCCGACGAGCUAUUUGAGAAACCGGAACGGCUGGAUGAAGAUCUGGCCGCACUCCGGACGUGGCUUGCGAAAUGCCCGCACAUCAAGGCACGGACGGACGAUCAGUUCCUGAUUAUGUUCCUGCGUGGCUCGAAGCACAGCCUUGAGAGGGCGAAAGAGAAGCUAGAUAUGUACUACUCGGUCCGGACGGCCCUGCCUGAACUGAUGCGUAAUCGUGAUCCCGAGGUGGCCAAGAUUAAGGAGCUCAUUGAAUCGGGAUCAGCGUUACCGCUACCGAACACCGUCACCCCAGAUGGGCCGAGAAUCAUACUAAUACGCCCCGGCGUAUAUGACCCGAACCGUUACACUAUUCAGGAGAUAUUCAAGUACAACAGCAUGAUGGCCGAUAUUAUGAUGAAGGAGGACGAUAAUCUGAUUAUAGCGGGACAGCGACCGGGGCGUCCGAAGAAUGCAGAGACUCUGUUCGGGCUGGAUGGUUCAUUCCGGAAGCUCGAAGUAGAUUAA